AAGCGUUGCAUUGUUAUUGCUACGCUGUUUCUUUAUUUUCCUUUUUUUGGAUUUUUAUUGUCAGGCGUCGCAAUUAGAGUGUUGUAGUCUAAGCCACAGCUAACGACGGUUUAUUGUGCUACAGCACCUGCCCACUUUAGCAUUUAUAUUGGUAUUUUGUGCGUUCGGCGCAGAAUAGGUCAAACAGCUCAUCAACAAACAAAGAAACGUACGCACAUACACACACACUCACACACACAGAGACUGUGUUAUUAAAGACAGGUAAACGAGCAAUUUGUCAAAGGCAAAUUAUGGGUCGCAUCUUUCUGGAGCAUUUGGGUGGUCUAAAGCUCUUCAAUUGCGCCCAAUGUCAUACGAACUUAACGAAUCGCAGCCAAUUGAUUAGCACACGAUUCACAGGCGCCACAGGUCGCGCUUAUUUAUUCAAGCGCGUCGUCAACCUGACUUUCAGUGCCAUUCAGGAGCGCGUGAUGCUGACUGGACGGCAUAUGGUGCGCGAUGUAAUGUGCAAGAAUUGCGGCGCAAAGCUUGGCUGGAUGUAUGAGUUUGCCACCGAAGAGACGCAAAAGUAUAAAGAGGGCCGCGUCAUUCUUGAAUAUGCUCUAAUCAAUGAGGCAGAGGGCUUUCCAUCCGAGGCAGGCGGCACCAGUCACUGAA